CCGAACUCGUCCCUCUAGACCCAAACACGGGGCCUCAGUCACGCCGCCGAGUGCCUCCUCUCCUCCACCACCAUGACUGACUACAAGGAGGAGCAGAAUAACGAAAUCGAGGCGCUGGAGUCAAUAUAUCCCGAAGAAUUUGAAAUUUUAGAAAUAGAACCUCAACACAAGUUUAAGAUCAGAGUGCAGACAGAAGGGUCAGAUGUGACCAGUGACCUGGAGGUUGCUCCGGCGGCGAUAACCUUGAGGUUUGAGUACACACCAACCUAUCCUGAUGAGCCACCACUGAUGCAGGUGGUGCCUGAAGAAAACAUAGAGGAGGAGGAGCUAGAUGACCUGAGAGAACAGCUCCAAGAACAGUGUACGGAGAACCUUGGGAUGGUGAUGGUGUUUACGCUAGUCUCAUAUUCCCUAGAAUGGCUCACGACUCACAAGGAAAGCCUUGCGCGCACUGCCAAGGAAGAGAAAGAACGUAGGAAGUAUGAACAAGAAGAAGCAGAAAGGAAAAAGUUUGAAGGUACAAGAGUGACAGUGGAGACUUUCUUGGCAUGGAAAGCAAAGUUUGAUAAGGAGAUGCUGGCUCUGCGCUCAGAGAAAGAGAGAGAGGAUGAGAAGAAUAAGAAGUUCACCGGCAGGGAACUCUUCCAGAAAGACAACACACUUAAUGAAUCUGAUCUCACUUUUCUCGGAGAAGGGGAAGGAGAGGUGGCUGUGGAUGAGUCUCUCUUCCAAGACCUUGAUGACCUGGAGCUGGAGGAUGAGUACGAUGAGGACUACGUGCCGGGUGAUGACGACGGUCUCUCAGACUAAAAGGUGGUGGUGGUGGUGGUGGUGACUCUUACCAGCGCACUCUCGGUAUUACUUGUGAAUCCUUAGGCUUUUUCUUUUCCUUUUUUUCCCCAAUCUUACUUUGCUCAUUGCACACACACACACACACACACACACACACACACACACACACACACACACACACACACACACACA